AUAUCCUUCCACCCCCAGAACUGCUCCGUGGCCACCUGUAAGAAGAUCCGGUGCAGAAUCGCCUCCCUGGAAAUGCAGCAACCGCUGGAGUUUAUGAUCAAAGGGAACGUCAGCUUCCAGUGGGUCUCCCAGACACAGCAGCAGAAAGUGAGUCUGGUGAGCGAGGCCCGGAUUGAAUACGAGGAGGAGAAAUACACCCAGAAGGAGGGAUUCGUCCAGCGCCAGGUACAGACGGUGGUGGAGCUCUCCGAGGCCUAUAACUACCUGCCCAUCAUUGUGGGCAGCAGCGUGGGGGGCCUGGUCCUGCUGGCUCUCAUCACUGCAGCCCUCUACAAGCCUUGCUCAUGCAGAAGUUGGCAACCAAAUGAGGUCUCAAGAAAGGAAUGUCCCUGCCUGAGUUUGUCUUUAGGCCGUAAACGGUCAUCAAGAAAGAAGGAAAACAAAGGAAGCUCAAUCGUGUGAAGAAAUGCCAGCUGUGAACGUCCUUCCACAUAAACUGUGUGUGUCCUAGUGCCCAGCUGGAAAUGUUUUUCAAGAGUGAGACUGAAACU